AUGGCGCCCUCGCAAAAGGUCGCCGAGCGGCUCGCCCAAGCCGAGUCGGCCCCAGGCGACAAGGCGCCGGCCUACGAGUCCAUCAUCGCCGACAUCAAGACCCUCUCGUCCCCCCCCACGGCCGCGCCCGACCUCAACGCCGUCCUCGACGCCAUCUUUGCCGCCUCCCUCGGCAUCGUCUCCACCCGCGCCCUCCUGGCCUCCUUCGUCGCCGCCCUCCGCGCCCUCCAGAACGACGACCUAUGGAUCGCCGUCGGCAACCACACCCUCGCCCAGCUCGCCACACAGCCCUCCUCCUUCCUCGACCAGGCCGCCGCCGUCCGCGAGCUCGUCGCCGAGGCCCACGAGAGCUCCGAGGACUUUCUCGACGCCGCCAACGUCCUCGCCGAGAUUCCCCUCGAUGGGUCCCAGCGCAAGGUCACAAACGACGACAAGGCCCGCGUCUGGGUCCGCAUCGCCCGAAAUUACCUCGAGGUCGACGACACCACCGCCGCCGAGACGUACGUUAACAAGCUCAAGAACAUCAUGCAUACCGUCCAGGACCGCGACCUCGACCUACACUUCAAGCUCUCCCAGGCCCGCAUCCUCGACUCCAAGCGCGACUUCCUUGGCGCCAGCGGCCGCUACCACGAGAUCAGCGUCAGCCCCGCCAUCGCCGAGGAGGAACGCCUGCACACCCUCGGCAUGGCCGUCAAGUGCGCCAUCCUCGCCCCCGCCGGCCCCAUGCGGAGCCGCGCCCUGGGCCGGCUGUACAAGGACGAGCGCUCGGCGGGGCUCGACGAGUUUGGCAUGCUGGAGAAGAUGUUCUUUGACCGCCUGCUCGCCCCCGAGGAGGUGGACAAGUUUGCGCAAGGGCUACAGCCGCACCAGCUCGCCACCACGGCCGACGGGUCCACAGUGCUGGCCAAGGCCGUCGUCGAGCACAACCUGCUCGGUGCGUCGAGGCUGUACCGCAACAUUGGCUUCGAGGCACUGGGCUCCCUGCUCGGCUUGGACGGCGACAAGGCGGAGGAGACGACGGCGCGGAUGAUUGAGCAGGGCCGGCUUCUGGGCAGGAUCGACCAGCUCGAGGAAGUAAUUUGGUUCGAGGGAGGCGAGGCGUCUGGGAAGAAGGGUAGUGGACGCGCCGAGGUCGUCGUCGGCAAGGAGAUGCGGCGAUGGGAUGCAAAUGUGCAGAGCGUGGCCGAGGAGGUUGAGAAUGUGACCAACGCUCUGCAAAAACAGUUUCCCGAAUUCGUGGAAGCCAAUUUGGUCAUUUAA